GUACUAAAUCAAACUUCUCGACUUGAAAUACAACUGUUAGAGAAUUCAUUAUCAACAUACAAGCUAGAGAAGCAGCUUCUUCAACAGACAAAUGAAAUCCUAAAGAUUCAUGAGAAAAACAGUUUAUUAGAACAUAAAAUCUUAGAAAUGGAGGGAAAGCACAAGGAAGAGUUGGACACCUUAAAAGAAGAGAGAGAGAAUCUUCAAGUCUUGGUUACUCGUCAAACAUAUAUUAUCCAGGAACUGGAGAAACAAUUGAACAGAGCCACCAACAAUAACAGUGUCCUUCAGAAGCAGCAGCUGGAGCUGAUGGACACUGUGCAUAACCUUGUCAGCCUUUGCACUAAAGAAGGUGUUUUACUAAAGGGAGGAAAAAAAGAGGAAGAGAAACCAUUUAGAGACUGUGCAGAUGUAUAUCAAGCUGGUUUUAAUAAAAGUGGAAUCUACACUAUUUAUAUUAAUAAUAUGCCAGAGCCCAAAAAGGUAUUUUGCAAUAUGGAACUUAAUGGGGGAGGUUGGACUGUAAUACAGCAUCGUGAAGAUGGAAGUCUGGAUUUCCAAAGAGGUUGGAAAGAAUAUAAAAUGGGUUUUGGAAAUCCCUCUGGUGAAUACUGGCUGGGGAAUGAGUUUAUUUUUGCCAUAACCAGUCAGAGACAGUACACACUAAGAAUCGAGCUGAUGGACUGGGAAGGAAACCGAGCCUAUUCACAGUAUGACCGGUUCCACAUAGGAAACGAAAAGCAAAACUACAGGUUGUAUUUAAAAGGUCACACCGGGACAGCAGGAAAACAGAGCAGCCUGAUCUUACACGGUGCUGAUUUCAGCACUAAAGAUGCAGAUAAUGACAACUGUAUGUGCAAAUGUGCCCUCAUGCUAACAGGAGGCUGGUGGUUUGAUGCUUGUGGCCCAUCCAAUCUAAAUGGAAUGUUCUAUACUGCUGGACAAAACCAUGGAAAACUGAAUGGGAUAAAGUGGCACUACUUCAAAGGGCCCAGUUACUCCUUACGUUCCACAACUAUGAUGAUUCGACCUUUGGACUUUUGAAGGAAAAUGUGGAAAGCAGUCAUAACAGCAACAAAGAAAUCUGUAGAAGCUACCAGAAAAGAAACUGCUUGAAAACUUCUGAAGCAAACAAUAUUGUCUCCUUUCCAGCCACAGGUGGCAUUUAUGUGAAGUCACCAAGGUUCUUGACUGUGGAUUUGGAGCCUUUAGAGUUCACAAAAGUCUCUAGAUGGGAUUAAUCAUGUUCAUAAGGCUUGACUGUGGAGAAUGCCACUCACUGUCAUGUUUUAAAAGGGAAGAAACUUCUCAGUUCACUGUGCUUCAAACUACUACUGGAUCUUAUUUUUAGAACUAUGGUAGCCAGAUGAUAAAUAUGGUUAAUUUCAUAUAAAAACUGAAGAAGAAGAAGAGGAAGAGGAGGAGGAAGGGAAG